UCUGGAUUCAUGACUGCUGUUGAUGUCUCUGUGAUCUGUAGCUCCCAAAUGAACAUUUUGCCGCCUGUUCGAGCUCUGCGACUGCCAAGCUCGACGCCUGCACAUCUCGGUCUCGGACUGUGAAUUCCGUUAUGGAAAAAAAAAACAAUGUAACAGCAGGAGCAUGAUCCAGAUCGAUGGCGGCGGCGAUGUGCCAGGGAUCCAAAUUGCUCCGCCUCCUCCAGGGCUGCAACACCAUGCACCGCCUCCGCCACGCCCAGGUCCUCCUUCACUGCUACCGCCGCCUCCGCCUUGACGUCGCCCAUAAGCUCCUCCUCUCCUUCUGCUCCACUUCGGCGGCCGGAGACCUCGCCUACCGCAUCCCCUUCUCCCAUCUCCCUCUUCCCCCCUCCACCCGCCACUGGAACGCCCUCCUCCGCACCGCCUCGCCUCUCCACGCCGCCUUCCUCUACAACGCCAUGAUCCACUCCCCAUCCCGCCCCGACGCCUUCACCUUCUCCUCCCUCCUAACGGCCUGCGCUGCCCUCGCCAACGCCGGGCCCAAGUGUCGGGAGGCUCACGCGUCGAUCCUCCGCCGCGGCCUCGCCUCCCACGUCGUGGUCGCCACCAACCUCGUCCGCGCCUACGCUGACACCGGCUCCAUCGACGACGCCCGGAAGCUGUUCGACGAGAUGCCUGGCAAAGACCUGGUGUCCUGGAACUCGAUGCUCUCCUGCUAUUGCCGCGCCGGGCUCCACCAAGAUGCCUUGUCGCUCCACGACCGGAUGCGGCUUGCCGGCGUCGACCUUGAUGAGUACACCGCCGUCGGAUUGCUCUCCUCUUGCUCUCACUUGGGCGCAUUAGAUUUCGGCAUCCAGAUCCACAGAUUUGCAGCGGAAAAUGGGUUCUUAAGACGGAGCUUGUUCGUCGGCAAUGCCUUGAUCGACAUGUAUGCUAAAUGUGGCAGACUGGAUGAGGCAAGCCAGGUGUUCGAUGGAAUGCCGAGGAGAGACAAUGCUACCUGGAAUGCGAUGAUCGUCGGACUGGGAAUCCAUGGCCAUGCUAAUGAAGCUAUCUCCCUUUUCCAGAGGAUGUCGAUGGCCGGAGUCCGACCAAACUCCGUCACAUUUCUCGGUUUGCUGAUGGGUUGCAGUCACCAUGGCUUAGUUGAAGAUGGUGUUAGAUAUUAUCACUUGAUGAGCUCUGCCUAUGGUAUGAAGCCCGAUCUCAAGCAUUAUGGAUGCAUGGUCGACAUGUUUGGUCGUGCCGGUAAUCUCAAUCAAGCGCUUGAAUUUAUCGACGGUUUGACCUGCAAGGAUGACCCGGUCCUAUGGCGAACGCUGCUAAAUGCAUCCAGGAUCCAUGGGAAUGUGGAGAUCGGUGAAAUUGCUAUCGGAAACCUUGUUGAAAUGUCAGCUCAUAAUGCGGGGGAUUGUGCUCUUCUUUCGGAGAUUUAUGAGCAAUCCGGCGACCAAGAAGGCGUCUCUAGAAUGAGAAAAUUGGUGAAGGAUCAAGGAAUCAAAACUACCCCUGGCUGGAGCUGCAUAGAGAUAAACGGAGAAGUUCGAAAAUUUGUCGUCGGUGAUGUUUCGCAUCCGGAGAGUGGAGAUAUAUUUAUGAAGGUGGAGGAGAUGAUCAGCCGAGCAUUGUUUCUUGGCUAUGUAAAGUGUCGAUCCAAGCUCUUUGAGAAAGGCUACGCAAACAGCGAGUCCGACUACCAUAGCGAGAUGUUAGCCAUUGCUCUCGGGCUGCUCCGAACUCCCAAAGGGAUGACUCUUCGAAUCGUGAAGAAUCUGAGGGUGUGCAAGGAUUGUCAUUCUCUGACAAAGUUUGCUUCCAGGAUAUAUGAUCGAGAGAUAGUUGUUCGGGAUCGCAUUCGGUUUCAUCAUUUCAAAAACGGCAUGUGCACCUGCAACGACUAUUGGUGAAAUCUUGCUGAGAGCUUGAGCGUAUGAUUCUCUUAUCGGAUAAAAGAUAGAAGAUAAUUUCAAUCCGAGCGAGCUACUUCAACAUUAUACACUGAAUCAAAACAGAAAUGCAAGGGAUUGCCAUGCUGCUCAGAAAGCACCGAACAUCGCCAAACACCAAGUAUGAAGGAUGUUCGAUUGGUAAAAUGCUCUACACUGUACACAAAUACACAAACAAUCAAAUUUAGAACGAGGAUUGGAGCACCAUGAGGGAGCAUGGACAGAAGAACCUCCCUGUAGCUUAAAACACAUGCCCAGAUGCAAACUUCUCGGUCUUCCUAGCAAACAGUGACAUUAACAUGUUCUCAAAAAGCCCAUCGUCGCGGAACACCACCUCCGGCAUUUCGCAGUCGGAGAUCAUGAAAUGGGUAGUUGUAUAGAUGCUUCAUGGAAUACUCUAACCAUAAGAAAGUAGGGUUAGUUUGGAACAUAGGCAAAUUUCUUUGGAAGUGAGCACAGCUGUUGUCUCUGUGUAGUAGUGAGAUUGAGGCUAGGGUUUGGCAUAUGAGGUUAGGGAAUGAACAACUUGGCCAUGUUCUUGUUCAGUCAUUUAAUGUGGAGCAGGAUAAACAGAUUAAUUGCUUCCACAUAACAGAACAA